CAUUGGCGCUUAUGGGCAAAAUUUGUAAAAAUCCACAUUACAAUCAAAAAAAAAUGCAAAACACACACGAGAGAUAAAAUUCGGCAAACUAUCAAACGACAAUAGCUGUCAGAUGAAAACAUUUAACAGACAGCUGACACACAGGAAUACCCAAAUGUAAAAGAUAAGUGGUAAAAUUUUGGAAAGAUGCAUUGAUAUUUCUAGGAAUUACAGUAUAAGUGUGAAUUUUGUGAGUAGUUUAGGUAAAAAAAUCCGAAUUGUAGUCAGAUAAUCUUUUGUUAUAUACUGACUUCAUAAAAAAUAUCAAAUAGUUCUUAUCACAAUACUAACAAAGUGGCACCUCUCACUAGCUUAAAAAAUAAAACAUCACCACCCGCCAACCUUUAUAACAGCUGUUCUAGUUCUAUAAGCUCAGCCAAAAACACAUUGGCGUAGAUAUACGUAACCGUUGCAUUUCAUACAAAUGGCACUUUCACAUGCCCGCAAAGAGGAGAUUCCUAAAGAUGCUGUUAUUAUUAAUGAGGAGCAAGCACUAACUUACCAGUGGAGUGUUAUUUCGGGUUGGGAAAAUCGCUUGGAUGUGUGGAGCUUACGAUAUGGACCCGGCAUACUAGGAGCUUUGGCAGCGGCUACAGGCAUUUACGUAAACAAUCACUACCGUCGGAAAUUGAAACUAGGCAAUUAUGGCAAGGCAUCUAGCUACCUGCCAAUUGUCGUCAUACCUGCCAUGUUUUCGGUGCUGUCACACAAAUUUAUGGUGCAACGAUAUGCAAUAUUGGGUCAACGUAACGAUUGUCCACUUUGCUUGCAAUUACGUGCAGGUACCUUACAGGGUGGUUUAGGUGUUUGCUACCCAACAUUAUUGGCCCCUUUCGCAGCUUUCAUGUUUGCUACACGUCACUACACAUAUCGUUUGCCAUCCAUAACGAAGGAGCCACUAGAAGUGUUUAAACUAUGGCAGGGCAUGACGCGACCUAUACUGCCGGUACUGGGAGCGGCGUUAGCUGGGCAAGCAAUUGUGGCUAUGUAUAUAACAUAUAAAGAACAGAUGCAAAAUUGGCGAUUACAGUUAAAAAUGCAGCAUUUAGAACAGUUAGCAGAGGAGAGGCAACAGGAGGCGUUGGCGGCAGCAAAGAAUUUUUAACUGCGUUGUUAAAUUCAUUUAAAUUGCUUACAUACAUAUGUAUAUACUUAAAUGCAUAUGCAGCGUUGUUGCAUAUAAAGAAAAUAGAAAAUAUGCGUUAAAACGAA